UUCUUUAACUUCUCUUUCACUCUCGAAAUGAAAAAUGCUGCUAAAGUUAUACCCCAUUCUAUCAUUACAGGUUACCUUUUCUGCUUUCUCUUCUCUCUCUCUACCCACUUCCAUAACAUAGCUUCCUUUCUUUGUACUUUUCACUCACAAAGAUAUACAUAUAUAGAAACACAAACACUUUUUUCAGAAGCACUUCGUUGUUGUCAUCAUCAUCAUCAUUCAGAGAGAGAAUGAGUUCUUCUUCUGGUCAGAGCAGUGGCUAUGAUCUCUCUUUCAAGAUCUUGUUGAUCGGUGACUCUGCCGUGGGAAAAAGUAGCCUCCUUGUUAGCUUCAUCUCCAACUCUGUUGAAGAUAUUUCCCCCACAAUCGGUGUUGAUUUUAAGAUCAAGGUGUUCGAAGUAGGUGGGAAGAGAUUGAAACUGACUAUUUGGGACACAGCUGGACAAGAAAGGUUUAGAACGCUAACUAGUUCUUACUAUAGAGGAGCGCAAGGAAUCAUUCUUGUUUAUGAUGUAACGAGAAGAGACACCUUCACAAACUUAUCAGAAGUGUGGUCUAAAGAAGUGGAACUCUAUUCAACUAAUCAGAAUUGCGUGAAGAUGCUAGUAGGAAAUAAAGUUGACAGAGAUUCUGAAAGGGUUGUGACUAAAGAAGAGGGUUUAGCACUUGCCGAGGAGUUAGGAUGUCUGUUUUUUGAAUGCAGUGCCAAAACUAGAGAAAAUGUGAAUCGAUGUUUCGAGGAACUUGCACAAAAGAUAAUGGAAGUUCCUAGUCUUCUGGAAGAAGGAUCUACAGUGGUGAAAAGGAAUGUUUUAAAGCAACAACCGCAACCCCAAGCAUCCGAACUUGGUGGCUGUUGCUCUUAAUUGUUCCAAUGUGUUGUAAAUUGAGUCAUAAUUGGUCCCUCAGAUUCCUGUAUAUGGAAUUUCUCCUAUUCUUGUAUUUUCUUUAUUGAAUUAAUGGGCACUUGUUUCUGUGUA